UAUUUACUGUGUUAUAUUGUGCGUGGCGCGUAUGCAAGCGCGAUUCUCCCCCUCGGACGGGUUCGAUUAUUCUCGACCGUUGUCGCGAACGCGCGAGUCUAUAUUAUAAGAAGUAUAACACUGGCGAUAAUAUUAUAAUAUUAUAACACCCGGCCAGAGUUUUUCGACAGUUCGGAAGACCGGAAUCCGUCGCAUUUAAAAGUUAUACUUAUCACAGGUCGUAUACAUGCGUGAAGUGCCGGUGAUAUUAUAAUAAUUGAUAUACCAAUAUAUUAUACGCAGCAAAUACAUAAAGUACACGUGCGCUCGUCUUACGGUGAAAACGUGAUCUACGCAUUGUCAUUACAAUAAUAUAUUGUAUCGCGCCGCGGAAUGUCGUCAAAUCCCAUCCGAGGAAUCCGGCGGAAAAAGUCAUCGCUGACCGAAGUGAAGAUAGCGGUUUUGGGGGCUCCCGGCGUCGGCAAAAGCGGUGAGCAACACCUCAUUGACGGUGCGGUUUUUAACAAAGCGAUAUAUUGGCGAAUAUGACCACCAAGCUGAAACGAGGUAUAAGCAUGAAGUGAUGGUGGACAGCGAACCGAUUCUUUUCGAGAUACUAGACACUUGUCCAAAGAAUGACGAAGAGUUACCUUUAAACGAUGUUUACAACUGGGCGGACGCGCUUGUGCUAGUAUUCGCAAUAACAGACAGACGAUCGUUCAAUUACGUCCGGCGUGUAAAACAAACAAUGUUAGACGCUUUUGAAAUGCCCGUGGCGCUGGUGGCCAACAAGGCUGACAUGGUUCAUCUCAGACAAGUCAGCACGGAAGAAGGUGAAAUUUUGGCGAAAGAUUUCGAAUGUUGUUUCACCGAGGUGGCGGCCGCCGAACAAGUGGGACAAAUCGCCGAGGUGUUCCUUGAAGUGUGCAGAGAGGUGUUGAGUGUUCGGCGGAAAAACAAACAAUCGUUGCUGGACCGAAUGUUAGGUGGUAAGACGGCUGUUGUAAAGGCGUACGCCCGAGGUAAAAGCGACAGCGCUUUGCCAAAAGAAUAAUAUAUUUUACGAUGUCAACACAAUCUUCCGGUUAUAGAGUUACAACCGCGUGGUAUACAAUAAUUUAUAGUAUAUGCACUUCAGUACAUGAAACAUGAUGUAUACACAAUAUUUAUUUUAUCCACAGAUAAUUAAUAUCUCGGAAAUAAGGCUAAAGGAAUUGUUUAAUUGUUUAUUUUUUAAACGUUAUGGGAACAUACUAUGAUUUCAGUAUCUAUUCUUGAAAGUAGAAAAAAAUUAAAAUUCCUAAUAUAAUAAUAAAUAUUACUUGAUUAUCCUAAUAUAUAUUGUCGAGCUCGUGAUAAAAGAGUUACUUUGUAUAUGUAAUAGUAUUAUAUAUAUAAAAUAACAAAAUAUAUUAUGGCCAUAAUGUUCAUAUAUAAUUAUAAUUAUAUGCAUCGAAUUUGGAUGCGAGCAACUGCGGAUUUCAGAAACUGCAACAUACCCUGCACUAUUCUAAUACAUAUUGAAAUAUAAUAUAUAUUACACGCAUACUGCAACUGGAUGCAGAUUAAUUUAAAUAAAACACUCAUUACAUAUAUUAUGUAUGCAUAUAUAAUUUAUAUAUAUAUAUAUACCUCAAGUACAUUUUUAUGUUUUCGUAAAAAAAUGUUUUUCUUUGAAUUUAGCUUACUUGUAAAUAGCACUAUAUUUUUUCAAAAAGACAUUAUUAUGUAUACUUAUUAUUAUCUGAACGUGACAACAAAUUAUCCUUUUAUUUUAUGGUCUGAAAAUGUAAUACAAUUAUAUGCUUUUUUGUGAUUUAUAUUUUAAAUAAUUGUGGAUUUUAAAAAUGAUAAUUAUGACGUGAUUUCUUCGCACUUUAUAUUAAAACUUGCAACAACAUACAUUUUAUCAUACUUCAAAUAAAUGUUCAAAAUUUAUAAUCGUUUAACUAUUUUAUUGUUUAACCUAACUUAUAAUACAUAACAUCUUAACAUAUAAUUGUUAAUAUAAUAAUAUCCCUUUAAACAUUACAUAACAAACUGAUUUGCGAACUUAUCCUUUUAUUAUUAUUACUAUUAACGCAAUGAGAACUAAAUGCAAUGCAAUUAUUGUAUUUAAAUUAAUUUAAUAAUAAUAUAUCGGUACAGAACUAUUUAUAGUUUUCACCCAGGCGAGCUAUCAAUUGGCCAUUCAAUCUCAUCUGACUUUUUAUUUGUAUUUUGACAGAUUUAGAAUUUAGAAAAGCUAUUAUUCUUAGGAUCCACCACAGUCUACAAUUUACCUACAUCUUAUUUAUACAGUUAACUCGGGUUUAGUAUUUGUGUUACUCUAGCGAUUUUAUAUGUGUAUUUAGAAUAACAUAUAAUUAAUGCGUUAUAAAUUAUUAUUAGUAGGUAUAAUUGUAACUUAAAAUAGUAAAUUUUAUAAAUCUGGUCAAAUAUAUUUUUUUUUCAAAUGUUCGAUUACAAUUUUGACUAUUGUUUAUCACUACCAAAUAUACUAAUUAACAAAUAUUCUUAUUUUCUUCAUAGUUGUAGUAGCAUUACCAAAACACGUAUGGUUUGAGUAUUUUACAAAAUACGCCUGUAGGGCACAUAAUAUUAUGUUGAUGUUGCAACUUCAAUAUCACUUAGAGGAGUACUUUAAAAUUGAAUUGUAAACAUUAUACUUGGUAUACUAUAGAAGUAUAGACUAUAGUACUGGAAUAUUAUUAAAAAAAUCAUAGAUGGGGAAAAUAUUUCAAUUAAAUGUUUCAAUUACAGGAACGCCGACAAAAUAUUCAUAUGACUUACACCCGUUACCCAGUGUAGUGUUGCCAGAUUUUAUUUUACUUAAACCAAGACAAAACAUUUUUGUAUAAUUUUCAUGAAUAAAAUAUUACCACUCAUCCACGGUCAACCACCAGUUUUGAUUUUAACAUGCUAUUUAUUUUUCUCGUUACUGAAAUACCACACACAAUGGUCUGCACUCUACAAUAACAUAUACGUUCGGUCGUGACGCGCAUUGAAUAUAAUAUAUGCGCCCCGGUGCGAAAAAAUAUAAUCCCCCUCCCCUACCGAAUAACACUAACACGACACAAAUGAUUUUAUAAAUAAUGUUUUUAUUUUUUACCUAGGUACUUUAUAAAAUUGUAUGUGUAAGACAAGGACAUUUAUUAAGCAUCUAAUGUAGGUAUGCAUAUUUAAUUUAUAAAUACAAUCCAGUCUCAAUACCAAAUUUAUAAUUUCUUCCUUGACUUUUCUGAAGCUACAACUAUAAUAAUGACAUUGAAAACUGAAAUUCUCGUUAAAUAAGGCUGAAUGUUGAGAAACGGUAAAAAGUUAGGCUGUUAUAUUCUCUCCUUUGUGAGAUCUUGAUAACAAUUAUUAAUAAUACUCAAUCUCGAUGUAUUUCUUGAAGUACAUUGGCCUAUUCGUGUACCACUUCUAUACGUUAGUGAUUGUUAUCAAGCAAAAUAAAAAUUGAUAGGUACUUUUAAAAAAUGCAUCAAAUGAUUUUUUUCGAGCACAAAAAUAAUUUUAUUCAAGAUCGCCAUAUAAGUAAUCACUUUAAAAUUAGUUGCAUUACUUUCAUUAGAAGCUUGAACAAUUUGCUGUUAUUCGUCGGUAAAACAGAGACAACAUAUGCAGGUGUGAUAUCAUCUUAAUUUUACAAGCUAUACUUACCUUAUUAGUUAUUACCUAUUCAAAAAAGAAAUUAUGUAAAUGUCACUUUUUUUUUAAUAUCUUCAAAUAUAAAAAUUAAUAAAGC